AUGAUUCACAAAGAUGUUGUAUUUGGAAAUCAUAUCACAGCUAAUAAGUUAGAAAGAUUGGUUAAAAAAUAAAGGAUGUUGUUGAAGUCAUCAUAUGAUACAAAAUAAGAAACAAGAAAUAGAAAAAUUUGUAAAUCUAAAAGCUUCAAAUUCGAAAUUCAUCCACGCUUUUUUUAGGAUACCCGCAAUCCUUCAAUGAAAAACUAUAUACAAUUAUAGUUACCUAUUGAAAAUAGUCCUAUUCGUCGGGCUUCUUCUAAGCCUGUUUUGGAAGUUUUUUCAAGGAGUUAGAAAUCAAUGACCAGCCUAUUAUUAAAAAAUACCAUUAUUGCAAACAAGUUGUAGAGGAGAUGGAGCAAUUAUGAAUUAAUGAGCGAAAAAUAAAAGCGUCUCAAUACCAAAGCUCCAAAAUCAGUUAUUAAAUAUUAAUAUCUUAUGGCAGUAAAGGCGAAGAAAAAGAAAAUUCAAAGAAUGAAAAUGCAAUACAAGUUUUUGGGGAGAAAGAAUAAUAAGGUUAAAAAAACCAGAAGUAAAACACAGCCAUUAGAUCCUGUCAUUAAAAUGAGACACAAAAGAGCUUAGACAGAAAUUAAAGAGUCAAAUGAAGGACCGAUAUUCCCUUUGGAAAAUAGUUUAGUUCGAAAAAUUGUUAAAUUAAUAAUGAUGAAGAAAACAGCUGUUAAAAGAUAAACUUGUUUUUAAAUUCCAAAAGGAAGUAUGCUACUUUCGAAAGAAAAAUUAAUCAAAUUUUAAUAAUAAAUCAAUUAAAAGUUAGUUUCAUAAUCUGAAUCUGAGAGCCAGAUUGAUGGAUCUCCUUACCUAGAUUCUUUAGGAUCAUAUUAAAGAAGAGUUAAUUUUGAAGAGAAAAAGUUUCAAAUCAAAGUUAUGUCUAGGAAGAAGUAAAACCUUAUCAAAGCAUUAUAAAAUAAGCAAGCUUUCAGUAUUAUAACUUCAUAUGUUUCAAAUAAGGCUAAAACUUAAAAUUCUAUUUAACAACAAAAUUCUUAGAAUUCCCUUUAUUAAAAGAGUACAUAGCAAACACUUUGUGAUUUUAUGUCCAAAUAAGGAGAUAGAUUAACGACAUUUCAUACUACACAAGAAUAGCCAUAAAUUAAAUAAAAAGCGAAACAACGACCAAAUAUGUUAGCAAAAUUAUUUCCUUAUCUACAGCCUUAUAAAAAUAGCAACAAAUGA